GCAUUUGCCAAACUGAGGAUCAUAUUGAUUUUAGCAUUCACUAAAAAACAAUGAAGACUUUCUUGGCUGUUUUGGCUCUUUUCUGCUUUGCCUCUGGCAUUUCGGGCAUUAGCAUUGUCUCCAAAUCCGAAUGGGGCGGUCGUGCUGCCACCUCCAAGUCUUACCUAGCCAAGGGCUUGGGCUAUGUCGUCAUCCAUCACUCUGCUGGAGCCUACUGCAACACCAAGGCCACCUGCUCCGCUCAGAUGCGCAACAUGCAAGACUACCACAUGAACUCUUUGGGCUGGGCCGAUAUUGGCUAUAACUAUGGCAUUGGUGCCGAUGGCAACAUCUAUGAGGGUCGUGGUGCCGGUGUUAUGGGUGCCCAUGCCACCAACUGGAACAGCAAAUCCUAUGGCAUUAUGUUCAUUGGCAACUACAACGACUACACUCCCACUGCCACUCAAGUGUCCAAGGCCAAGGAAUUGAUUGCCUGGUUGGUUUCCCAAGGCUAUGUUGCCUCCAACUACACUUUGUAUGGUCAUCGUCAAGUGGGUUCCACUGAAUGCCCUGGCAACAAGUUGUAUGCCGAAAUCAAGAAAUGGUCCAACUGGAAGGCUUAAGUAACAUUUUUUUAAGGAAUACAAUUUUGGCUUAGAUGAAGUUUUGAAUAAAAGGUUUGGAA